AUGGGCACUUGUAUGUCAAGAAGAAUCCAAAUCGAAAGAGUGUCAAAACUCAGUGCAUUAGAAGAAAAACAGAGGAUUUCUGCUAUGAGGCAUUCAGUUUCUAACUCCCCCCCCUCCGUGAGUGAACAAAAAAUUUUGUUCACUCACGGAGGGGGGUUAAUUUUUUUUUUUUUAAAAAAAUUAUAUAUAAAUUUUAUAAAAAAUAUUUUUUUCUCGAAAUUUAAAAAAAUCCUAAUUCGCAAAAAUUGGAAAGCAAAUAUUAAUUUAAUUUAUAAAAUUUAUGUUUUAAAAAGCAAUUCGUUUAAAAUUAAAUAGAAUUAGCUCUAGAUUUCAUUAUACUAAUUAUCAUUUAUAUAUCAAAAUUUUUUUCCAUAAAAAAUUUUUCUAUUAAAAAAAUUUUUGUUCACUCACGGAGGGUGGGUUUUUUGGCAAAAAUUGGCGAUUUUUCUAAUGGUUUUGUUCACUCACGGAGGGGGGGAGUAAGAAGAAAAUCAAGGAAGCCCCGAUUUUAGAUUUGAGUAAAAACCAACUCUAUGCCAAACGACAACACACUUUAGGUAAGAAAGCGGGAACCGACAAACCAAUUGAAAUUAAAAAUAAUGAGCAGCCUUCCAGCUGCGGACACAGCUCACAAUCGACUCCCGCGUCAAUUUCAGGUUAA